CUGUCAAAGCCCAAAGUUACCAUGGGUCUGCAGAACAAUGAGAAUGGCACCUGUGUGACUAAUUUGACAUGCUUCAUGGACCAGGGAGGAGAGGAUGUGACCUACAGUUGGGAGUCCGUGGGGCAGGCAGCCAAUGAGUCCCAUAAUGGCCCCAUCCUCUCUAUAUCCUGGAGGCUGGGAAAAAAGGGCAUGACCUUCAUCUGUGUGGCCAGGAACCCCAUCAGCAGCAAUUCUUCAAACCCCAUCUCUGCCUGGAAGCUCUGUGAAGGUAACGGUCUCUCCUCUCUCCACCAUUCUCUCAUUAAAGGUGCUGCUGAUGACUCAGAAUCCUCCAUGGUCCUGUAUGUCCUGGGGGUGCUUUUCCUGUUCAGUGCCUUUGUCCUGGUGCCAGUUAUUCUAAUUAUGCGAAGAGAAAGAAGAAAAGAGUCCAUUGAAGAGAAGAAGGGAAUAGAUACUCAUCAGGAAGUUCUUAACUACUACCCCUCUUCUGGAGAGACUCCAGUGUAUGACACAAUCACCUGCGUUAAUAAUACUAUUCCAGAAGAAAAUCCAGUAAAUACACUUUAUUCCUCUGUGCAAAUACCUCAAAAGAUGGAGAAACCCCACUCUCCACCCACAUCAUCGGACACACCAAGGUUAUUUGCCUAUGAGAAUGUCAUCUAAACAGCAAGUGCAUCCCUUCUGCCUCGCCUCAAAGAAAAUAAAAAAAAAUCACUGAAUUGACCAGAAAUAUUGAGGAAGAAUAAAGAACACUG